UUAAAAGAGGAACUAGCCGCGUGUUUCCUCCCCGCCCACCGGGUGGGUCGGGGGCUGAGGCGUGAAGUGGGAGGAGCGGGCUAAGGGUCCAGCCCAGCGGUCCCGACACUCGCGGCGAAAGGGAAUUCGUGAUCAACCGAACCUGCUAACGGAACUUGGUCAGAAAAUGGGUAAGAAGAGUCGAGUAAAAACUCAGAAAUCCGGCACUGGGGCUACAGCCAGUGUGUCUCCGAAGGAGAUCCUGAACCUGACCAGUGAACUGCUGCAGAAAUGCAGCAGUCCCGCACCCAGCCCGGGAAAAGAAUGGGAAGAGUAUGUGCAGAUCCGGUCUCUGGUGGAGAAGAUACGGAAAAAGCAAAAAGGUCUGUCUGUUACUUUUGAUGGAGAAAGAGAAGAUUACUUUCCUGAUCUAAUGAAAUGGGCUUCUGAAAAUGGGGCCUCUGUCGAGGGCUUUGAAAUGGUGAACUUCAAAGAAGAGGGCUUUGGUUUGCGAGCAACAAGAGACAUCAAGGCAGAAGAAUUGUUUUUAUGGGUUCCACGAAAAUUACUAAUGACUGUUGAAUCUGCUAAAAAUUCAGUAUUGGGGCCCUUAUAUUCUCAAGACCGAAUUCUUCAAGCCAUGGGAAAUAUCGCCCUGGCCUUUCAUCUGCUGUGUGAGCGAGCCAGCCCCAAUUCUUUCUGGCUGCCCUACAUUCAGACCCUUCCCAGUGAAUAUGACACUCCUCUCUACUUUGAAGAAGAGGAAGUUCGGUGUCUGCAGUCAACACAAGCUAUCCAUGAUGUCUUUAGCCAGUAUAAAAACACAGCUCGACAGUAUGCCUAUUUCUAUAAAGUUAUCCAGACCCAUCCUCAUGCCAACAAACUGCCCUUGAAGGAUUCUUUCACUUACGAGGACUACAGGUGGGCGGUCUCCUCUGUUAUGACUCGACAAAACCAAAUUCCCACGGAGGACGGUUCCCGGGUGACCCUGGCCCUGAUUCCGUUGUGGGACAUGUGUAACCACACCAACGGCCUGAUCACAACCGGUUACAACCUGGAGGAUGACCGCUGCGAGUGUGUGGCUCUGCAGGACUUCCGGGCCGGAGAGCAGAUUUACAUUUUUUAUGGCACCCGGUCAAAUGCAGAGUUUGUGAUCCACAGUGGUUUCUUCUUUGACAACAAUUCGCACGACAGAGUGAAAAUAAAGCUUGGUGUGAGUAAGAGUGACCGGCUGUACGCCAUGAAGGCCGAGGUCCUGGCCCGCGCUGGCAUCCCGACGUCCAGUGUUUUUGCGCUGCAUUUUACGGAGCCGCCCAUCUCUGCUCAGCUUCUGGCUUUUCUCCGAGUAUUCUGCAUGACUGAAGAGGAGUUGAAAGAACAUUUGCUGGGAGAGAACGCUAUCGACAGAAUCUUCACGCUGGGUAACUCGGAGUUUCCGGUCAGCUGGGAAAAUGAGGUCAAACUUUGGUCAUUUCUUGAAGAUCGAGCUUCUCUUCUUCUAAAAACAUAUAAAACAACAAUUGAGGAAGACAAGGCCGUCCUGAAGAACGCUGACCUUCCUGCCCGCAUGAAGAUGGCCGUCAAACUGCGGCUGGGGGAGAAGGAGAUUCUAGAGAAAGCCGUGCAGAGCGCAGCCACCAACCGCAAGUGCUUCCGCAAGCACAUGGAGGAGCGGGCGCCACUCCCCAAGUACGAGGAGAGUAACCUUGGGCUGCUGGAGGGCGGCGCGGGCGACUCACGGCUGCCCCUGGUCCUGAGAAACCUGGAGGAGGAGGCUGGGGUGCAGGAGGCCCUGAGCCUCAAGGAGGCCAGCAGCGCCGCGGAGCAUGGGCUCGUCAACGGCGAGAACUCUAUCCCUAAUGGCACCGGGUCCGAAAAUGAGAAUUUGAAUCCGGGAGAAAGCAAAAGAGUGAUUGGAGACGCCAAAGAAUCUUCAGACAGCACUGACAAAGCCAGAGAGCAGCUCUGAGCAGCCGCGGCAGCCGGAAGCCGGCUCAGCAGACAUCGAGGAACGGUCCAUCUCCAUGCUGUGUUCUCGUUAACAUUUUCUUUUCCGCAGAGAGGAAAAUAUGUUUUUGCUGCUUUAUAUACAAAUGAUUUUUUAAGUUAUUUUAAAGAUCUAGCUUUUUGAUUAAGAUUGCCAUCUUGCUUCUAGGCAGAACACAUGCACUGACAGCCACAGCCGAGGGGAAGGGGCGCCCUGGGAGGCUCUGCAGGCCCGAGGCACUGGUUCCUCCCUUGCUCAGCGGUGCCUCUGCAGGCCUGUGGCGCUGACAGCAGAGGUGGAGCCCCUCCGCCUCCUGAGCAGAGUGGGUGGGGACCCGCGGGUGUGCGCCGGAGAGCUAGGGGAGGCCAGCACGUGGCACCUAGAGUCCAGGCAGAGUCUUUGACUUUCCUCCCUAAAAUAAUGCCCUAGUACUGAGAGAAAACGUAAGGUGGCAACCUUAUUUUUAAUAGUUUUAAAUGUUGACGAUAAUCCUAAUUAUAUAAAUAUAUAUGCACAUAUAUAUCUAGUGAUUUCUAAAGAUUUGUUUACUUUCUGUGUUUCGUUUCACUGUAUUAAGAACGUGCCCUUCCUCCUCGAAUCAAAGUAGGACAUGCGGCCCCUCCUGACCUGCAGCGCUGGCUCUGACCAGAGGCAGCGCUUGGUUCGCGGGCGGUGCCGAGCGUGUGCAGAGCGCGGUGGCCCCCCAGCUUCCCUGCUGGUGUUCGGAGUGAGAUGGCUCCCUGGCUCUUCCGGUUUUCACAGCAAGCUAGAGGUUUUCCAAGCUCUCCUUUUGAGUAAAACCCUUAUUAAAAGGAAAACAUGAUUAAUA